ACAUGGACCGGGAGUUGGCGUCCUUUUAAACCGCACACAGAGGGGCUGCGGUGGGCUGCGUGACUGUUCUCCGCGGUGCCUACUUCCGCACGGGCGCUAUUGGCCGCCACCGCGCUGUGGGCGGGACACGACGCUGUGACUCAGCUGUGAGUCACCGCACGACAUGUCUGUCACACACUGCCUGCUGACGCCUUCAGGGACUGUGGGAUUACAUAGCAUAUUUCCAUUUUAACCAGAAUGUAAGAAUCUUGGAGAACUUAAGCAGGGAGAAUCUAAAGAUGUAGCCAAUGUCUUCAUCUUAUUCUAUAUGGGUAGUUAAUUUAAAAGGUUUGGAACUGAAUUGUCAAUAUAAUUGGGCCCACUGAUUCUCACACACCCGAUGUAUGAGACAUGUAUUGCUUAAACGCUGCAUUUCAUCUCGUAUAAGCCCUUUACCCUAUUAAAUUGCACCUUAAAGCUAUCAUGAAGUGCACUUUAUAACGUAAUGCAGCAUCUACAAUCUAAACUGAGCCGAGUUUUUAUGAUGCGUUGACCGCCUACGGACAGAGUGGUAGAUUGCCGUAUUUACUACUUGACUCACCACACAUAAAUGCAGCACCAAACUGACUGUGCUUACAUGACUUCGCAUUGGCCGCGAUCUGUGACAUUGGAGACGGUGGACUGAGUCUCUACGUGGUCCAUCAGUUUCUUUCUUUUUUUUGUUUUUGUUGCUAAUUUAGAAAUUGGACAUCUCAUCAGCAGCGGAGUGAGCUUUCUGUCGUAACAACAAAUCCCGAAAGCCAUUUCUUCCAAGUCUAUUUUUUCUACUUUAGCUCCGUGCUGGACGGAUCUACCAUAGAGGGAUCUCCCUCCUCGGAGUUUACGCCGCAGCUCAGUUCGUCUCGAGGUGCACUUUUCGAAGUACGCUGCAGAAUUUAUUGUUCGAGGCGAGACAGCAAAGAUAUAUGUUCGGUAAAGGUGCGAAGCGGAAGCUGGACGAGGAUGAAGAGGGGCUGGAAGGCAAAACGCUGGAGGCGUCGGUGGCGGGAGGGGGACUAGGCCUCGGUCCGGAGGGCUUGUCCAAGGUGUCGUACACCUUGCAACGGCAGACCAUCUUCAACAUCUCCCUGAUGAAGCUGUACAGCCAGCGGCCGCUUGGUGAGCCCAGCCUAGAGCGUCGCGUCCUCAUCAACAACAUGCUGCGGCGCAUCCAAGAUGAGCUCAAGCAGGAAGGCUCCCUGCGGCCGCUGCUCUUUCCACCCUCGCCGCCGCCUGAUGACCCCAUGGAUGAGGGCUACCGUGAGGCACCACCCUCCUUUGGUGUUUUGUCAGUGGCUGCGUCGGCACCAGUACCCCAGCCUUCUGCGCUGUUGAUGCCGGUGAUCGCCCCACCAUCUUCACCCCACCCAAUGGUGCCUCCAAACUGCCAGGCCACCCAAGCCUGCCCCAACCGUGUGGAGGCCUGCCCUGCCCCUCUAGAAGCCUGCCUCACUCCAGCCUCUUUACUGGAGGAGGAUGGUGGAGAUUCAGCCUUUUGUGCCCAGUCCCCACCCACUCCUCCUCUGUCGCCUCCUCCGGCACAGCCACCCCCACUACCUUCGGCACUUCUGAGCCAGGUGUCCUCCAGGGUCCCUGUGCCGGGCCCGUCCAGUGACGGUUUCCCCUCCGCUCUGAGUGACAUAGAGUUGGGUCCUCCCACAGCCAUAACAAGGACCGCAGCAGCUAAUACUACGACCGUGACUACCUCCCCAGCUCCCACGCCACUCACCCAACCCUCCCACUUAGCACAGCUCUCCCCAGCACCCACAGGGCCACCCAGAGACUGUAGGACCAUGGGUGCUAAACCAGAUGCAGCUGGCGUCUUGCUGGCGGAAACCCGCUGUACCGAUCUCCGACCCAUGGACACUCUGCCCAUACUGCCCCCUGGUGGUCUAGUAGACAUUUCCUCUCCUCCCUCCUCCCCUUCAUCCUCUUCCUCACCCUCGGGGUUUCUCUCAGACUUGGCGCUGGAUGAUGUCCUGUUCGCCGACAUCGACACGUCCAUGUAUGACUUUGACCCCUGUACGACAGCGGGGGCUGUGGGCGUGACAUCAGGCGGUGGCCUCGCCAAACUGUCACCAGUGGUGACAGCAGACGAUCUCCUCAAAUCACUGGCAUCGCCAUACAGUGGCCCCGCCCCCCAGGUUUCAGCCAAUCAGCCUUUCAAAAUUGAUCUGACAGAACUGGACCACAUUAUGGAAGUAUUGGUGGGCUCAUGACUCGCUGACACCGCCACCUCAGAAACACACAGAGAGUUUAAUCCGGAGAAUAGACUGGAAUGAAAAAUUGGAAACUA